AUGUCAGCUCCUAGCGGUCCUGCACAUCGCAGUGUAGCUAAUAUUCGGUCUCCCGCUUCGGGCAACCCAGGAGCACCAGCAAGCCCCCACACCCCUGUACGAACUAUCUCCUCUACAUUUGGAUCACCAUCUUCUCUACGCGCCGAAGAAGACAUUGUUAUUCUAGAGCUCGGAAGCCGUUAUCUCAGAGCUGGAUUUGCUGGAGAUGCUGUCCCAAAAGCCGCAAUUGAUUUUGGCCCAGAAGAGCAGAGAAGAGCUGGUGAUUAUAGCAGGUGGGAGGUGGGUUAUGUGAGGGGACGAAGAGAGGAGAAAUCAUGGGGAGAGGCACAUGAGCUUUGGAGACCAGAUCUGAGGGCUCUGGAUUUGGGAUUGGUUGGGGAUAAGAUUGACCGAGCUAUUCGAGACGCCUUCACAAAAUACUUGCUUAUCGAUUCUCGACCGAGACGAAUGAGUCUAGUGAUACCUUCUGCGCUCCCUCUUCCUCUUCUCUCGGCGGUCCUCGAUACUUUAUUCACGAAUUUCCAACCACCCACCAUCUCUUUGAUGUCAGCGCCUGUGUUGGCAACGGUGGCGGCUGGGCUUCGUUCAGCUCUAAUCGUGGAUAUUGGAUGGGCGGAGACGAUUGUGACGGCUGUAUACGAAUUUCGGGAGGUACAAUGCACUCGUUCAGUGAGAGCAACAAAAAUGUUCGGGGAAGCAAUGUUCAAAUUGCUUGCGGAUGAUAUUGAUCCUACAAGACCGAAACGUGAAUCUGCCGACAAGCGAGCCGAUGCGGACAGGAGACAUUUGCCUAGCUUUGAUGAAUGCGAGGAGAUAGCAAUUCGAAUGGCGUGGUGUAAACUCGGAAAGCGUGUUGAAGCCAGGAAAUUUUCCCGAGGAUUGACGCCCGUCAAGGAAGAGGAUGAGCUGAAGGCUAGCAUGAGAUCACUAGAUAUCGGUGGAGGUCCGGACUCUGGCUCAAUGGUUUCAAUACCGCUAAGUUCAACCGAUCCUCCUCAAUCACUCCUCCUUCCGUUCUCGAAACUUGCGGAGCCAUGUGAGAGUGCUCUUUUUGCAGCGGGCACAUUGGCGGAGGAUCUAGAUGAUGAGGAAUUACCGCUUCAUCUCCUGGUAUAUCGGAGUUUGCUUCAGCUGCCAGUAGAUGUACGAUCUAUCUGUAUGUCACGGAUCGUGUUUAUUGGAGGAGGAUCGCUUAUUCCUGGCUUGAGGAAGCGUGUCCUGGAUGAGGUGGCAAGUCUCAUCGAUGAGCGGAAUUGGGAUCCAGUGAAAGGAAAAGCAGUGGACCAAUAUCGGAGCAAUCCCAAGCUACAACGGACGAAGCCAAGGCAACCUGGUCCAACGGAAAUAUUAGAAGAGCAAGGGGUCAUGGAGACACCAACUCCUUCAGCAGCCCUCAUAGAGCAAGAGUAUGAUCCUAUAGAAGAGCAAUUAAAGAAGGAAGCUGCCAAAGGGAAGCCGCCUGUAGAGUCUGGUCAUUUGAGAGCUGUGGGCUCCCUGGGAGCCUGGUCUGGAGGCAGUCUACUCUCACAGAUGAAAGUUCCGGCGAUCUCGAUCGUCGAACGAGAACAAUGGCUUCAACACGGAGCUGCAGGUGCUUCAAAAGCCACUGAUAUUAAUGUCGUUACUGCCCAUCGACAAAGCAUGGGAGCGGGUGCAUUUAAAUCAGGAGAUCGAUCUAGCUUUACCUUGGGAUUGUGGGGAUGAAAAAUAAAUAGAGCCUGAAAGCUUUCCAACUGAAGGCACUGGCAGCCCUUUGCUAGUUGGUCGAAUGCUUGUACACCAAAGAUGCCCCUGAAUUC